AUGGCGGUCCUUGUGUUCUUGAGAAAUAAGCGCUACAGGGCCAAACUCGGAUUCUUUCUCCAUAGUCCAGUCCUUGCAUCAGAGAUCUAUCAAACACUUCAUGUAAGUGCUGACAUUCUGAGGAUUUUGUUGAACUAUGAUCUCAUCGGGUUUCAUACUUUCGAUUUUGGUCGCCUCAUCUUCUCAUGUUGUAGUAUAAUGCUAGGACAGGACUGUGAGUCCAAACGAGGACAAAUUGGGCUGGAUUAUAGUGCUCGCACGGUGUAUAUCAAGAUUCUGCCUAUAGGAAUUCAUUUGGAAAAAGUUGAAAAUGUUCUGAAUAUUCCUUCUACAUCAGUGAAAGUCAAGGAAUUCGAAGGGAAGCUCAAGGGGAACCAUGUAAUUGUUGGCGUAGACGACAUGAACUUAUUCAAGGCAAUUAGUCUGAAGUUAUUAGCAUCUGAACAGCUAUUGAGGAAGUAUGAAAACUUGCGGGAUAUUGUGGUUCUUGUUCAAAUUAUCAAUCCUGAAAGAAACUCAGGAGAAGACAUUGAGGAAGUGAGAUGGGAGACGUAUGGAACUGCUAACAGGAUUAAUCAGAUUUAUGGUUCUUGUGGUCAUCAACUAGUGAUUCUAAUUGAUCGACCAGUUGAUCAAUGCAGGGCUCUACAACUAUGGAUGAAGCUAGGGGAAUUAUGUCAUAUUCUCCUCGAAAUAAGUGCGCUAAUCAUUUAUGAAUAUGUUGGUUGUUCUCCAUCUCUGAGUGGAACAAUUGGAAUAAAUCCAUGGGGUAUUAGUUUCGUAGCUGAGGCUAUGCGUUCUACGAUCUCCAUGGGUGAUUUUUUAAGGCAAUUAAGACAUGAGCAGAACUAUAGCUAUGUUCAGUCUCUUGAUGUGGCGUAUUGGGCUCGCAGUUUCGUCCAUAGCAUGGAGAGAGCAUGUCUUGAUCACUAUAAUUAUCAAUGUUGGGGUAUGGGCUUCAGUUUCAUAUUUAAGACAAAUAGGAGGGCUAUAUUUCUAGACUUUGUUGGCAUCCUUGUUCCUCAUUCCUCGACCAAGAAAAACCUUAGUAGUGAAGCUGAAACUGCUCUUAUCACUCUGUGUGAUGAUCCUAUGAACACUGUGUUUAUCGUUAGUGGAAGUGGUAGAAGUUCCUUAACCGAGUGGCUGGCUCCAUGUGAAGGUCUAGGACUAGCUGCUGAACAUGGGUACUUCAUAAGGUGGAAGAAAACUUCUGAAUGGCAAUCUAGUUUGGUUGUGGAUCUCCAGUGGAAGGCAACAGUGGAGCGUAUAAUAAAUUCGUAUACAGAAGUCACGGAUGGUUCCACCAUCGAAGUCAAAGAAAGUGCUUUGGUUUGGCACCGUCAAGAUGCAGAUCAUGAUUUUGAAUCCUUGCAGGCAAAGGAAUUGUCGGAUCAUUGUAAACACGUCAUUGCUAACGAACCUGCAGUAGUUAGAAAGGGAAAAAAUAUUGUUGAGCUUAAACCACAGGAUGCAAGCAAAGGCUUGGUCACAGAAAAGGUAAUCGCGACAAUGGUUAGCAAUGGUGAGAUCCCUGAUUUUAUCCUCUGCAUUGGAGACAUGUACGACGGUACUUUGAAAAUUGUUUCAUCUGUGGUGGUCCCCGCCGUUCCGGAAAUCUUUUUCUGCACUGUGGAGCAAAAGCCUGGCACGGCCAAGUACUUUGUUGACGAUACUUUUGAAGUUCAGAAGCUACUCCAGUGGCUUGCUAAUGUUUCGAGUACGCAGCCAAGCUCCGCUGAAAAUCCGCCAAGUAUUCCCUGA